UGGCCUUAUAGUUACUUUAAUGAUAAUAUCUUGUUAUUUCUUCAACUAGUACAUUAAUUAAUUACAUUUAAUUUAUGUUUCAUGUGAUGCAAGCAUGAGUAACUUAAUUAAGAUGGGGAAUGGGAAAUGACGAAAAUGCCCACGGCAUGUAAAGAUAUUUUCUCAUAAAUGGGUGAAGUCGUCGUUUGUUUUUUCGUGUGGUUUUCGAAGUAAUCGGUGCAAUUGGAAUCCCUCUCUCCAAACAGAUCCAAAAUCCCCAAAUUUUUUCACCUCCUAAAAUCUCCUAAGAUUUUGUUUCUCUUUCACUGCUGUUUCACUCGCGGAAGGUUUGGAAGUUGAUUUUUCAUGGAGGGCGUCGGAGGUGAUGGCCCCUCAGCAGCAGCUGCUGCCCUCGACCAACGAAGGCACGAGUUGUCAAAACUUUUUCAGCAUUAUCUAGAUAAAUCUACUCCACAUUCUCUUUAUCGGUGGAUUGGGACUUUUGGUCUGGUUCUUCUUUAUGCUCUGCGGGUUUAUUAUGUGCAAGGAUUCUACAUUGUUACCUAUGGUUUGGGGAUCUACCUUCUGAAUUUGCUUAUUGGAUUUUUGUCACCUCUUGUUGACCCGGAGAUCGAACCGACUGAAGGACCUUCACUGCCCACAAAGGGUUCAGAUGAGUUCAAGCCUUUCAUUCGCCGUCUCCCCGAGUUCAAAUUCUGGUAUGCCAUCACAAAGGCUUUCUGUGUAGCUUUUGUGAUGACAUUCUUUUCCAUGUUCGAUGUCCCAGUAUUCUGGCCUAUCCUAUUAUGUUAUUGGAUUGUUCUUCUUUUCCUAACAAUGAAGCGUCAAAUCAUGCACAUGGUCAAGUACAGAUACAUUCCGUUUAAUUUGGGAAAACAGAAAUAUGGAAGGAAAAAGCCCGCUUCCAGCGCCAGCAGCCCCCGAGACUGAACUUGAGUUGGUUUGUGAUUUGACUGGAAUCUGAGAUUUGGAAGGAAGUGGAGAAAGAUUGAAUUGGUUAUGACGAUUUACUUCUAUUUGUUCGAUUUGUACUUAAAAAAAUACAGAUCUAUUAGCAUAUAGUUCAGUUGCGUGCUGUUAUUUGAUUAUGGCGGCAAACUGUGAAUGAUGCUUGGAGAAGUAAAAGCUUCAUUUUGUUUGACA